GGACGCCCGCCGCUUGGCUCUCUCGGUCUCGCGCCCCCUCGUGCACCGCCCAGUGUCUGUGGGACCCGCACACCCCUCGCACGAGUCCAGUGGGCUUUCCUCACCGUUAAAAUGAGCUUGCUGGUGCUCUCCCUCUCCUCAAGCUCAAGGACCCCAACAACCCCAUGUUUCUUUCCUCCUCCUCCUCCUCCACCACCGCCGCUGCCAACUACCCCUUCGGCGAACCCGGCCUCGACCGUCCGGAAUUCGGCUCGGCCGUCGCUCCUCAUGGCCUCAUCACCGACGCCAGUGGUUCCUUCUUCCAUUUCCCCUCCUCCAUUCCUCCCUAUUCGUCCUCUCUUCCCACCGAACAUUAUCUCCACAGGAGCAGCAGCGCCCGUUCGCUGCCGCUCCGCCGCCACAUUCUCGGCCCCCUCAACCAGCUACAGCCGCCAUUUUCGUCGUCCCCGACCUCCUCCUUCUGCGACUACCUCGACUUCCACGCCGCCCCGAUGAGGCGGGUCGUCAGCACUGGCGAUCUCCAGGGGGUCGACGGUGUGCACGAGAAUCAUAGCCACGAGGGAGGUGUUGCCGGAAGAGUCGGUCGAUACAGCGCUGAGGAGAGGAAGGAAAGGAUCGAGAGGUAUAAGAGCAAGCGCAAUCAACGCAACUUCCACAAGAAGAUCACCUAUGCAUGCAGGAAGACAUUGGCCGACAGCAGGCCGCGAGUGAGGGGCCGGUUUGCGAGGAACGGUGAGACAGGGACGGAGGCAGAGGCAGAGGUAGAGACGGCGACGGCGGCUACAAACAUCUUCGAUGGCUAUAGCUACGACAACUACGAGCAGAACCAAGGCUGCAGUGUCGGAGGUGGCAAUGACGGCGAGUGGUGGAGCCGGUUGCAAGCGGCGCUGGCGACGGACGAGGAAGACGAGUACAGCUACGACGACGAUCUCCUCGCCAGCUUUGCCGACGUCUUCUCCAUGGACAUUCUCUCCUCAAGUCUGAUGAGCAGAGAAAGCGCCGAGUAAAGGAGGCCUUAUCGAAGAUGAAGCAGCAGCAGUGAAUUCUUCUUGUACUCGUCUUCUAAUGUCUUUCGGUCAAACCUCGUCGCAGCAGCUACAGUUUCUGUCUUCUCGGUUCCAUAAAUUCUACAUAUACUCACUGCCUUUUUCUUUUUGA